AUGUCUUCUGUCGAUAUUCCCAAGCAAGGUUGGGCUGGUGUCGUCGUUAACGAAGGUCCCGACUUUCGUGUCGAAGUCACAAAGCUCGAUGUGCCCGAGCCGAAGGAUGACGAGCUCCUUGUCAGGCUCAAUUGUACCGGGCUCUGCAUGUCAGACAUCCACUAUAUGAUGAACGACUGGGCGAUGCCCAAAAUGUCUGAUUUUGGCGUUCGCUGCGCUGGCCACGAAGGUGCCGGUGUUGUGGUCAAGGUCGGAGCAAAAUGCAGCGCGGCUUGGAAGGUUGGCGACCGUGUCGGCAUCAAACCCUUACUCGAUGUCUGUCACAACUGCGAGGCAUGCUGGAACGGUCGCGAGAACUACUGCGGCAACGCACUGUAUACUGGUAUCGCAGUCCCUGGAACCUACCAGCAAUACGUUGUCUCGCCAGCAAUAUACACGUCGCGUAUACCCGACGAAGUUCCUGACGAGGUCGCUGGGCCCAUCAUGUGCUCUGCUUCAACCAUGCACCGUGCUCUUAUCGAGUCUGGCCUGAAGCCCGGCGACUGGGUUGUCUUUCCUGGUGGAGGCGGUGGCGUCGGCAUUCAAGGCGUUCAACUUGCAAGAGCCAUGGGCAUGCGGCCAAUCGCGAUCGACGGCGGCGAAGCGAAGAAAAAGCUCUGCUUGAGCAUGGGCGCCGAAGCGUUCGUCGAUUUUAGAGAAACAAAAGAUGUUCCUGCCGAGGUCGUCAAGAUCGCUGGAGGUGUCGGCGCACAUGGUGUUCUGGUCACAGCAUAUCAGGCAUAUAAAGAUGCGAUGAAAUAUACGGCCACCCGCAAGGGCGCAGUGAUAAUGGUUAUUGCGCUUCCACCAGCUGGAGAAGUGAACCUCGGAAGCGAACCGAGCACUUGGGUCUUCAACAACUUGAAGGUCAUUGGCUCACUUGUGGGUACGAUGCAGGAUACCGCUUCUUGUUUAGACUAUGCAGCCCGAGGGUUGUUGAAGGGUGUCAGUGAGGUGCGAGGGAGGUCACAGUGGGCGGAUAGCGUGCAGCAACUGAGGAGAGGUGAGAUUGCAGGGCGCGUCGUGAUAGAUUUCAACAAGGAGUAG